GUCGACCGGCUGUUGUGUUGUAGUAGAUUCCAUUUCACUCAGUGGCUACUUGUCAUUUUAUUCAUUUAACGUUCAUUUCCAGGACACUUUGUGACUAUAUACUCGAACAUAAAAUAACCGGAACGCAGAUAGAUAGUUCAAUUUACAGUUAACAAUAUCUUUGGGGAAAACUCGUGAGCGGAAAGAUUUUCUAUGUGCGAAACGUAUAUUUUUUGUGAUCCGAAAGUAUCAUAAAACAGUGCGGCUUUUUUGUUUGUGAACGGAGUAAACUUCGCGUUCUUUUCAUGGCCGACGUGGAUAGGGAUCGUUAUGAUCCCGAGCUCAAAUAUCUUUUUGUGGACAGGAACAAUUUCAACGAUCCAGCUUCCCAGGCAGAAUGGACCCAGAAGAGGUUGGUAUGGGUGCCCCACGAUACGCAGGGCUUUGUGGCCGCCAGUGUCAAGGGAGAAAGAGGCGACGAGGUCGAAGUAGAGCUUCAGGAGACAGGAAAACGAGUAUUCGUAGCCAAGGACGAUAUCCAGAAGAUGAACCCUCCGAAAUUCGACAAAGUCGAGGAUAUGGCCGAGUUGACUUGUCUGAAUGAAGCCUGUGUGCUCCAUAACCUCAAAGACAGGUACUACUCGGGACUCAUCUAUACGUACUCCGGACUCUUCUGCGUCGUCGUCAACCCCUACAAAAAAUUACCGAUCUACACAGAAAAGAUAAUGGAAAGAUACAAAGGAAUCAAACGUCACGAAGUGCCUCCACACGUUUUCGCCAUAACAGACACAGCUUACAGAUCUAUGCUUCAAGAACGAGAAGAUCAAUCGAUACUGUGCACAGGAGAAUCAGGAGCCGGUAAAACUGAAAAUACGAAAAAAGUGAUACAGUACCUGGCGUACGUGGCUGCCUCAAAAUCUCCCAAAGGUGGCGGCGCGAAAGAUAUCAUCGGUGGUUUAGAGCAGCAGUUACUUCAAGCCAAUCCAAUCCUGGAAGCUUUCGGAAACGCCAAGACCAUAAAGAACGACAACUCUUCCAGAUUCGGUAAAUUCAUUAGGAUAAAUUUCGACGCUUCCGGGUAUAUAGCAGGAGCGAAUAUAGAGACUUACUUAUUAGAGAAAUCACGUGCCAUACGUCAAGCGAAACACGAGAGGACAUUCCACAUAUUCUACCAGCUCCUGGCCGGAGCAUCGACAGCGCAAAAGAAGGAGUUCAUCCUGGAGGAUCCGAAGUCCUAUCCCUUCAUCAGGGACGACAACCACAUAGUACCUGGCGUGGACGACGCGUCCGAGUUCGAGGCCACCGUCAACAGCAUGAACAUCAUGGGCAUGACCCAGGAGGACUUCAGCGCCAUAUUCAAGAUAGUCUCGGCCGUGAUGCUCUUCGGCACCAUACAGUUCAAGCAGGACAGGAACUCGGACCAGGCGACGCUGCCCGACAACACCGUCGCCCAGAAGAUAGCCCAUCUGCUCGGCCUGCCGGUCACCGACAUGACCAAGGCCUUCUUGAAGCCCAGGAUCAAGGUCGGGAGAGACUUUGUCACCAAGAGUCAGACCAAAGAACAGGUCGAAUUCGCCGUAGAGGCCAUAUCCAAGGCGUGCUACGAGCGCAUGUUCAGAUGGCUGGUGACGAGGAUCAACCGCUCGUUGGGCAGGACCAAACGUCAGGGCGCCAGCUUCAUCGGCAUACUCGACAUAGCCGGUUUCGAGAUAUUCGAACUGAACUCCUUCGAGCAGCUGUGCAUCAAUUACACCAACGAGAAGCUCCAGCAGCUCUUCAACCACACCAUGUUCAUCCUGGAACAGGAGGAGUACCAGCGAGAGGGCAUCGAAUGGAAAUUCAUCGAUUUCGGCCUCGACCUGCAACCUACGAUCGACCUGAUCGACAAACCGAUGGGCAUCAUGGCGCUGCUUGACGAGGAGUGCCUGUUCCCCAAGGCGACCGAUAAGACCUUCGUCGAUAAACUGGUGAACGCCCACUCCGGCCACCCGAAGUUCCGCAAGAGCGAUUUCAGAGGGGUGGCGGACUUCUCGAUCAUCCACUACGCGGGCAAGGUGGACUACUGCGCGAACCAAUGGUUGAUGAAGAACAUGGACCCUCAAAAUGAGAACGUAGUCUCUUUAUUCCAAUCCUCGCAGGAUCCUUUCGUUGUGCACAUUUGGAAGGACGCGGAGAACAUCGGAAGGGCCAAGGGUAUGUUCCGUACCGUCUCCUAUCUGUACAAGGAACAGCUGGCCAACCUGAUGAUAACCCUGAGGAACACGAACCCGAACUUCGUCAGGUGCAUCAUACCGAACCACGAGAAACGGUCCGGGAAGAUCGACGCGCCUCUGGUCUUGGACCAGCUGAGGUGCAACGGCGUACUCGAGGGAAUCAGGAUAUGCAGGCAGGGUUUCCCGAAUCGCAUACCCUUCCAAGAGUUCCGCCAGCGUUACGAGCUCCUCACACCAAAUGUGAUCAACAAGGGAUUCAUGGAUGGCAAGAAGGCCUGCGAAACGAUGAUAAAAUGCUUGGACCUCGAUCAGAACUUGUACAGAAUCGGACAGUCUAAGAUCUUCUUCAGAGCCGGUGUGCUGGCCCAUCUGGAAGAGGAGCGAGAUUACAAGAUCACCGAUCUCAUCGUGAACUUCCAGGCGUUCUGCCGCGGUUUCUUGUCCAGGAGGAAUUACCAGAAGAGGGUCCAGCAACUGAACGCUAUCAGGAUCAUACAGAGGAACUGUUCCGCGUAUCUGAAACUGAGAAACUGGCAAUGGUGGCGAUUGUACACCAAGGUUAAACCGUUACUGGAAGUGACCAAACAAGAGGAGAAACUCAUGCAGAAGGAAGAUGAGCUUAAACAAGUGAAGGAUAAACUCGAAAACCAACUCAGGGCGUCCGCUGAAUACGAGAAGAAGUACCAGCAAGCCCUCGAGGAAAAAACGGUGCUCCAAGAACAGCUACAAGCGGAGGUGGAGCUUUGUGCCGAGGCCGAAGAAAUGAGGGCCAGAAUGACGGCCCGUAAACAAGAACUAGAAGAAAUUCUACACGAUUUAGAAUCUAGAGUGGAGGAAGAAGAAGAACGGGCUAAUACCCUGAACGCCGACAAAAAGAGGUUAUUAGGAACCAUUCAAGACUUGGAAGAACAACUGGAAGAAGAGGAAGCGGCAAGGCAGAAACUCCAACUGGAGAAGGUACAAUGCGAUGCCAAAAUAAAGAAACUGGAGGAAGACCUAGCUCUCAGCGACGACACCAAUCAGAAGUUACUCAAAGAAAAGAAGAUCCUAGAGGAGCGGGCCAACGAUCUCAGCCAAACGCUGGCUGAAGAGGAAGAAAAAGCCAAACACCUAUCGAAAUUGAAGGCCAAACACGAAGCUACGAUCGCGGAACUGGAGGAAAGACUGCUGAAAGACCACCAACAGAGACAAGAGGCGGACAGGACAAAGAGGAAGGUGGAAACGGAAGUGAACGACCUGAAGGAACAGUUGUCGGAGAGGAGAACCCAAAUGGAGGAGUUGCAACUCCAACUGGGCAAGAGGGAAGAAGAACUGGCCCAAGCCAUGGUGAGGGUGGACGAGGAAGGAGCCCUCAAAGCGCAAACUCAAAAGGCGCUCAGAGAACUGGAAAGUCAACUGGCCGAACUCCAGGAAGACUUGGAGGUCGAGAAGGCCGCCAGAAGCAAGGCCGAGAAGCAGAAGAGGGACCUGAACGAAGAACUGGAGGCUCUGAAGAACGAACUGUUAGAUUCGAUGGAUUCGACUGCUGCACAACAAGAAUUGAGGUCCAAGAGGGAGCAGGAGCUCGCCACUCUGAAGAAGACUAUCGAGGAGGAGACCCAGGCUCACGAGGUCGCCUUGGCCGAUAUGCGGCACAAACAUACUCAAGAAUUGAGCUCGGUCACGGAACAACUCGAGAAUCUGAAGAAAACCAAGAAUAAUUUGGAGAAGACCAAGCAGUCUCUCGAGGCCGAAAACGCCGAUCUGGCUACAGAAUUGCGCAACCUCAGUACCAACAGGCAGGAAACCGAGCGUCGUAGGAAACAAGCUGAGAGUCAACUGACGGAAGUUCAAGCCAAACUCGCUGAAGUGGAAAGGGUCAAGACUGAACUCCAAGAGAAAACCGUCAAGCUUCAGCAGGAAGUGGACACCAUCGCUCAGCAAUUGGAGCAGGCUGAAUUGAAGGCGUCUGCUGCACAAAAGAACCAGAGCACUGCCGAGGCGCAACUGUCCGAGGUCCAGACGGCUUUGGAGGAGGAAACUAAGCAGAAAUUGGCGCUUAGUUCGAAACUGAGACAGAUCGAGUCCGAGAAGGAAACACUUCAAGAACAUCUUGAAGAGGAGGAAGAACUGAAGAAGAACUUGGAAAAACAGCUUGCCAAUCUCAAUGUACAACUCCUGGAAGCCAAGAAGAAAGCGGAAGACGAGGCUGAACAGGCAGCCAUCUUGGAGGAAAGCAAGAAGAAGCUCGCCAAAGACCUGGACGCCCUUCAGAGACAGGUCGACGAACUUCUCGCCACCAACGACAAAUUGGAAAGGAGUAAGAAGAAGAUAGCUGCCGAACUGGAGGAUUCUAAUAUCGAGUUGGAGGUUCAAAGACAGAAGGUGAUCGAACUGGAGAAGAAACAGAAGAACUUCGACAAGAUCUUGGCCGAGGAGAAGCAGGUCAGCGAGCAGUUGGCCGAGCAGAGGGAUGUGGCUGAAAGAGAAGCCAGAGAGAAAGAGACGAGGGUUUUGUCUCUGAGCAGAGAGCUCGAUGAAUCCAGUGAAAAGAUCGAAGAGUUGGAAAGGGUGAAGAGACAACUACAAGCAGAGCUGGAUGAACUGGUCAACAACCAAGGUGCUGCCGAUAAAAACGUCCACGAGCUAGAAAAGGCGAAGAGGUCAUUGGAGAGUCAGCUGGUAGAGCUGAGAGCACAAAAUGAAGAAUUAGAAGAUGAGUUGCAACUGACGGAAGACGCUAAGCUUCGUCUCGAGGUCAACAUGCAGGCUCUGAGGGCACAAUUCGAGAGGGACGUACAAGCGAAGGAGGAACAGGCGGAGGAGAAGAGGAGGGGUAUAGUGAAACAGUUGAGGGAGAUGGAAGCAGAGUUAGACGAAGAAAGAAAACAGAGAACUGCCGCUGUUACCGCCAGGAAGAAGUUAGAAGGCGACCUGAAAGAAAUGGAGGGACAGAUCGAACUGCAAUACAAGGUGAAGGAAGACGCCCUCAAGCAACUGAAGAAGUCGCAACAGCAGUGCAAGGAAGCGUUGAGAGAAGCCGAAGAAGCCAGGGCUGGCAGGGAAGAACUGGCCGCCAGUUGUAAGGAGGCGGAGAGGAAGGUCAAGACCUUGGAAGCUGACGUCCUUCAGCUCACCGAAGACCUGUCGAGUUCCGAGAGGGCGAGAAGAGCCGCCGAAGCAGAAAGGGACGAACUUCUCGAAGAGAUCAACAGUAGCAACAACAAAGGAACGCUUCUUAUCGACGAAAAACGCAGACUCGAGGCGCGCAUCGCGACCUUAGAGGAGGAACUCGAGGAAGAACAGAGCAACAACGAAAUCUUCCAAGACAGGGCGCGGAAGGCCCAACUGAACAUCGAACAGUUGACCACGGAACUGGCCAACGAGAGAUCGUCCGCGCAGAAGAACGAAUCCGGCAGGUUGCUGCUCGAGAGACAAAAUAAAGAACUCAAGGCCAAACUCACAGAGCUCGAGACUGCCCAGCGUACCAAGACGAAGGCCACCAUUACAGCCCUGGAAAGUAAACUGGCCAACCUCGAAGAGCAAUUGGAGGUCGAGGCCAAGGAGAGGCUGACGCAACAGAAGACCAACCGCAAGCUCGACAAGAAGCUGAAAGAGCUGGUCAUGCAACUGGAGGACGAGAGGAGGCACGUGGAUCAGUACAAAGAACAGGUGGAGAAGGCGAAGACGCGCAUGAACGCCUUCAAGCGCCAGCUGGACGAGGCUGAAGAGGAGAUAAGCAGGGAGAAGGCGCAGAAGAGGAAGUUCCAGCGGGAGUGCGAAGAUAUGGCCGAGAGUCACGAAUUGAUGUCGCGGGAGAUCAGUAAUCUCAAGAGUAAAUUGAGAAGGACUACGGGCUCGAUGGGCAUUUCGUCUUCCCGUCUGGGUUCCUCCAAGAGGAGCACCGUGUCAUCCAGCGGAAACGCGUCAGGUGACGAUUCUACAACGCAAGACGAAACGAUGGACGGCGAGGAUGGUUUGAAUUAAAAAAUUUAAAAAAAUCAAAUUGAAAACGGAGAUCUUGACGAGGUUCUAGAAGCCCCACCGACCCGAUCUAUCCCUGAAAUAACGCCUUCCGAUUAGAGGGAAGGUUGUAGAUAUAAAUAUUUCGUUUCAGUCGAUCAUCUCGACCGAAUAUAUUCUGUAGAUCAGAAUAUCUAGAUUUUAAUUGUUGUCGUUUGAAAUCGUUCAGGCAGACACCUUGUUACGAUCUCUGAAGAUAUUUUGUAAAUAUUCCUUAGUACUUAGGCGGCUCAUAUUAUGCGAAAGUUGUAUUCAAAUUAUGUUUCUCGAGUAAUAAUCAGCAAUAUUCGAAAAUGAUCAACACCCUUGGAUGCUUUCUUUUUUUUUGCCACAUCCGCUUCAAGCAUGAUAAAUUAGCGAUAAUUUUUGAUCGAGUAGCUUUCAGUUCCUUGUAUUGUUUCGAUCGAAAUACGAUUUGUGACCUGUUCGAACAUUGUUGGGCUAUUUCGAGCUAGUUAACAUUAUGGUACACUCCUUUAGCAUUUUAUUUAUAUAAAUAGUGUAUUAUUAUUAUUCCCUGGAAGGAAUAUAUGAUAACAUAUUUUUUAUUAAUUUAAAUACGGUAAAUAAUUUAUUUAGGUAAGCUAUAUAUCCUUGAGCUUGACUUUUGUUAGGCUACGUCAAUUUUUACCAUUCUUGCAUUGCCUUAUUGGGUGUUGAUAUGAGAAAUUUUUAAUAUCCUUCGUAACAAAUAGUUAACACCAUGCCUAAUUUUGAUACUAUUAACUGUAGAUUAUAUAUUUUGUAAAAAUAAUUGCAUUUUGAUAAAAGAUUUUUGUAUAAACAAAUACUGGAUUUUGUAUAUAUCUGAUUAUUAUUGGUUCAGGGUUCAGUUUACUUCAACAAAUUAAAUAAACAAUUGUCAACAGUGAAUAGCUUUCCUUUUUUUCGAUAUUUUUUUGUUCAUCUGGAGACUGUAUUGGAUCGUACGGAUUUGAAAGAAAAGCUGUCUGAAACUUCCUGUAAUGCCAUUUUUUUCUAUCUCUAUUAUAUUCUAACUUGGUUUUCAAUAAAAUCGUGUAAUUUUUGCACA